CGAAAAGCUCAAUCAAAUGAAUGAUAAUGACAAACUAACUUUCUCAAUUAACGAUAAUACCUUACUACCCACCCGAUUCGCCCAGUCCAUCACUGCGAUAGCCUUAUCAACAAAGUUUAGUUUAAGGACCGCAGCUUUCCUGAUUGAAUUAUUCUUGGAUGGAUUUAGGAAUACAACAACCUCUUCUAUUGAUAUUGCUAGAAGAGCUACGAUAACAGCCAUAAAUUCAGCUCUCAGACGUUACGAUCCGAGCUCAGAUUACAUAGAUUUGGAUAAACUGUCACUCUCAACUGGUCUAGCUGCGCUCGGUAUAAACUGUAGUAGCACAGCAAAUCCUGAUGAAGUACACAGGAAGUUACUAGAAGGUUACACUGGUUUGGGAAUCUACGUUGUACAUCACUCAUUCACUCUCGCCGAGCUCUUUGCUCACGCUGGAUUUUAUCUCACACAAAAAACUAUUAAGACAUCAUUUACGCUGGCACAAGACAGUGUCUCAGUGUUUGAUGGUGUAUUCGGAUCAAAUGAGACCUCUCGGGCAUUAUCCUCAAUAAUUAGCUUCAUGAGUAAAGAGAAUGAAGCACCAAAGAAUAUGUCCUACAUGUCCUGGGUAGUGGCUCUCACUAAAGCUUUCACCGCUUUUGCUUGUUUACAGAAUGCAACUCAGAAACGUAUACUUGAAAGUCAGAAUAUGAAAGUCGUUUGGGAUUGUGUGGUUGUCAAUAGAACAAUGGACAGCAACCCAACACCAACGAUGGAAAAGAAGCCAAAGUCAGUUGGAGAUACUCUAGCAGGCCUUGCUGCCGUAUUGGAAUCUUAUAGAUACAAAAAUGUGUCAUCUAGCGGUUCCUCUCUCUCAACAUCAUCGAGAACUCAGUCACCUGCUUCCCAACCAGACCAUGGGAGGUCAAUGGAGCACUCAAUUAUGAAGAAAAAGAGUGGGAAUAUGUUGUCAUCACGUGAAGCAAAGACUAGUAGAGAAUACCACAAGCGUAAUCUUUCCAAUGACGAACGUAAGGACUUGAUAACAACAUUAACGGAGCUUCUUGGUGAGACAUACGUCAAUGACAAUCGAUUGGAUGAGGUUUGCGAUUGUGAUAAUUCAGAUACUAUUAAGAAGACAAUAUGGGAAAUGAUUACGGAGAAUGAGGAACAGAUUGUUACGACUGAAACGCGAAAUAUGAACUUCAAUGGCUUAAACAACGAAUAUAACGACUUGAAUGGUGAGCUGAACGGUAAAACCCAUAAUCAAACAAACACUGUACAAUUUCCAGUGGAACCACGAUCAGCACCACAAACACCCUAUCAGGUGGCACAAAAUCAAUCCAUUUCAUAUUUCCCUAGUUACAGUUCAAUUAGCUGUUUACCAUCGUUGACGACUGAAAAACAACGUUUUUCAAUUGCAUCAGAAUCAUACGCUGAUGCUCUCAGUCAUCCAGGUGAAAGUAAAGAAAAACUACAAAAUGUAUUAAGAACAGUUACGACUAGGCUCACCCAGAGGCAUGUAGCAAGGAAGAUCGAAAUUAACGGGUUAGAACCUACGAAUUAUAAGCUAAGCAGAAAAAUGUCAACACCAGAGUUAAGAAUGACACAUAUCAAUAACCAUAAAAGUGGUACACCACUACAAAACACCAAAUCACACCAACGUAAUAAAUCGAUUGGUACACAUACCCAUCCAAAUCAAAUUAUGAAUGAUAAGGAAUAUCUCGAUAAUACCAUAAAUAAUGUACAGAACGCAGCAGAUAAUUUAGCAUUACCACAAUUUUCAAAUAUUGAUGAACAGCCAAUUGCACCACCCUCAUCACCGGUAUGUAGGGCUAAUCAUGUAACUGAGGAGACAUUACCACAUAUGAGGCGCAUUAUGCAUCAACCAAGAGCUGAACCAGUUAAGGAUGCAGUUGAGGAAACUUCUCAGGGAGUUUACUGGCCAAGACAGCAUAUAGUGAAGAAUAUCCACAGAUUUAUGAGGUACUCAUCAGCAGCUUAUGGGAAAUCCUUCAUGAGAAUAUUAGGAAUAGGUAAAUGUGAUUGGGAUAAGUUACCACUAGGAGAGGGUGAUCAUCACGCCAAUCAUCACGCAUUCGCUUAUCACAAUAAUAUCUCAAUCGAUGCAAUUUUGUUAUCAUCCUACACUGAUCCACCUGUUGGUUUCAACAGUGAUGAUAAUAAGAUAUGCCCAUUAGUUCAUUACGUAGCUGUUGACCACGAUGCUAAAUCAAUAGUACUCACCUGUCGAGGUACACUUGGAUUUCAGGAUAUUUUAGUCGAUUUAACGUGUAAUUAUCAAGAGUUUGAAUUAGAUGGUGGUGGAGAUCCAUUUGGAUACUAUGCUAUACAUCAGGGGAUGUUAAUCAGUGCUCACAGAUUAGCCUCAGAAUCGAACACCGUUUUGUCAACUAUCAGAAAGGCACUUUCUGAUUUCCCUGAAUAUGGUUUGGUACUCUGCGGACAUAGCCUGGGAGGUGGUGCAGCAGCAGCAUUGGCCUUAAUUUGGGGUACGCGUACUGAUGUAUUUAAUAAACAAGCGAAGGAAAAGGGUAUCCCAUUUGACGAUGUACAUUCAACAAGUUUCGUGACAGGCUUUAAAAGUGGUCUACCACCUGGACGUCCAUUGAGUUGUUAUACAUAUGGUACACCAUGCGUAUCAACUCCAGAUUUAACAGCUUAUGCGAAAGGACUAAUAAUCAGUGUAGUGAAUAAUAAAGAUAUAGUACCAACACUAUCACUUGGAUUACUUCAUGAUAUGCGUAAAUUAGCAUUAAUGUUACAUGAAGAGGAGGGGAACAUCGCGGAUGAGAUCAUUGGACGUGUUUUAGGAUUUGGUGGCACUCAUAGAAGUGACGAUACAUAUGAGAAGCCAAACCUUGAUCAAGUUAAUGAAAAAUUGAGAGAUCACGAUCAGAUUGUGAGCUUCAUUAGUAAAGAAGAUGCAAAAAUUGGACAUACUAGCAAUGCGAUACUCAAACCUGGUUAUAUAGAUCCAGCAUUGAUUAAAGCUGAUACUGUGAACCAUGAUAAUGAGUUGAAUGAUUGGUUGUGGAGUCUUAAGACCACUAUUGGUGCUGAUAUGGAUUCAAUUAAGUUGUAUCCACCAGGAGAGGUAUUCGUCGUUGAAAGAUCAACCUGUUUCGUGAGCCUUGCGGAAGACGACGGUGAUGGCAAUGAAGGGUAUUCUUCUGCCUAUAAACAAGAAGCCCAUAGAGUCAUUUUGCGUUACUGUCAAAACGUCGAGAAGCGAUUCAAUGAACCCUUUUUCUCAAAGUCAAUGUUUACAGAUCAUAGUCCAGUAGAAUAUGAACGAGCAACCCAGUUACUAUUUGAUGGAAUAGCAGGGUAACCUUGUAGUGUUAUUGGGUUGUAUUUUUAAUAUUUUAUUAGCUUAACAUCAAUUUUUAAAGAUAAUUAAUACAAAAACGCCCACUUUGGCGUAAUUGUAAGCAACACUCG